UCUGUUUCUUAACAUUAUUUGUCAUAUAUGUAACUCUGAGUUUUUCUGGCAGUUUGCUCUGGUGUCGACUGAUUGCUACUUACUGGCUAUGCUAGUAUGCUAAAGCUCUGUUAACACCGAGGCGUUGCGUAUUGAAAUGACGCUUUGAAGGAUUGAAACGUCUACUAAGGUAGCUGCCGUGCUUUGUCUGUAAUGGUUAUGUUUAACACCCUGAGAAAACAUCUUAUUUAGUCCUGGUCAAAAGUGAUAAGGAGAUUCUUUGUCUUUCUUUUGAUGCUCUGCGUUUACAUGGAGGAAAACUCAGUGUAGCCUUCAAUGACCCACCUUUGCCGGACGCUGAUUGGAUGCUCGAGGUGUCAUUCAUUUAGACUGGAUCGAUGAUUGGUUGCUGGUUGGGACGACAACGCCUGUCUUUAACUGCUGUCUAGUUGGUUUUCCGAAGAUGCUAAUGUCGGACCUUUAGGAGCACUUUUGGUGGUAAUGGACCCUCCUGGUGGGGGAAGCGAACGGAGAAGGCAGGCAGAGCGUCUUCGACGGGAGGAGGCAUACUACAACUUCAUUAAUGAACUUAGUGAAGAAGAGUACCGCCUGAUGAGAGAUGGCAAUCUGCUGGGGACCCCUGGCGAGGUGACUGCAGAGGAGCUCCGUCAGCGUCUUGAUGGAGCAAAGGAGCGUGUGUCGUCGCAGCCCCACACUGAGCAACAGUCACAGACUGCUGAUGCUGGAGAUCAGCAGAGCAGCGGCAGUGGAGGAGAGGAGAGAGGGGCUGCAGGAAGAGGAGGGGCAGGGGGCGCAGAACCUGGAGCAGAAUCUUCUAAUGGUGAUUCAUUACUGGAGUGGCUGAAUACAUUCAGACGCACUGGUAAUGCUACUCGGAGUGGCCAGAGUGGCAACCAGACGUGGAGGGCGGUCAGCCGGACCAAUCCCAACAGUGGGGAAUUUCGUUUCAGCCUGGAGAUCAACAUUAACCACGACCAGCCUGAGCCGGGAGAGCAUAUAGAGACGGUGAGCUCUGUGGACGCCCCAGAGCUGCCAGUGAUUCCUCCAAACACCUCUGUCCACAAUGCUUCCCCCCUCUCCAGCUCUCGGCCUUCAGCUACACCAAGGCCGGCUCCGUACCCCUCCCCACGCCCUGCCAUAAGAAGGAUCGAGACCCGGCGCACACGGAGCAGCGCCACCGCCCUGUCUGUGAGCUCCGCCACACUUUCUCCUGCAGAGAUGGCUCCAGCUGCCCCUCAGAGGCGAGGAUCUACUUUGCACUCUUCAGCACCUUCUCCCGCCGUCCCCAGUCCUCCUGCCGAUCAAACGGCGCCGUUUCAACAGCAAGUCCAGAAUGUAGAAGUGGAGCCGGGACGUAGCCAAACGGCCGCUUCUAUAGACUGUCCUCGGGUGCCGCCUCAGGAUGAAUCUCAACACCAGGCUGUGGGACAGGAGUCCCGUAGCAGCAGGACUCGAUCCCGUGGCCGAGCGCGCAGGACCGCAACGGGGAGCGGCGCUGCAUCUCGUGCAUCAAGGAGAAGUCGAUCCCCUUUGAACAGAACGUCUAGUGUCAGCAGCACCCAGCCACGCAUCAGCGGUACAACUGGUUCUACCGCCCCUCCUGGUGAUCCGAGUGGUGUCACCACCUCUGUAUCCAUGGAGACUGGGGGAAUUGUUUCAGAACCCGAUGCUGUGUUGGAGUCAGCCGUGGAAACUGUAGAGCGUGCGAGUGAGUCGCCCGCAGCCGGAGCAGGAAGCUCAGCGGUCAGACGACAUCCAACCAUCAUGCUGGACUUGCAGGUGAGACGGAUUCGCCCCGGUGAGAACAGGGACCGGGACAGCAUCGCCAGCAGAACUCGAUCCCGCGCACGGGUGGCAGAGAACACAGUCACAUUCGAAAGCGACAGCGGCGGGUUUAGGCGCACCAUCUCCCGCUCGGAGCGCGCCGGAAUUCGCACCUACGUCAGCACCAUCCGGAUUCCAUUAAGGCGCAUCAGCGAGACGGGCCUCGGAGAGCCCAACUCCACCGCGCUGCGCUCCAUCUUACGACAAAUAAUGACUGGAUUCGGGGAGCUCAGUUCUCUCAUGGAGACGGAGGCGAGUUCUGAGAGCGUCACACCCAGCCACGGAUACGUUGGCGUCGCAAACGGCGGCAGCAGUCGCCUACAUUUAAAUGAGAGCGGGCCUAACCAGGUGGGGACAAGCGAGGUCGUUCAGGGGGUGGAGGGGCAGGUGAGCAGUGAGGAGGAGCAGGUUGGGCAGGCCAGACUUGGGGCCGGAGUAGUCAGCUCUGCAGACGGACGGUCAAACAGCAGAGACACCAACAACCUGGUGGAGAACGGCACCCUGCCCAUCCUGAGGCUGGCACAUUUCUUUCUACUCAACGACGAGGAAGAUGACGAACAUCCCAGAGGCCUGACCAAAGAGCAGAUCGACAAUCUAUCCACGCGUACCUACGGUCAGGCCAGCCUCGAAGGCGAGAUCGGACGCGCCUGCAGCGUGUGCAUCAACGAAUACGCCCAAGGCAACAAGCUGCGUCGCUUGCCCUGCUCCCACGAGUUCCACGUCCACUGUAUCGAUCGCUGGCUCUCCGAAAACAACACCUGCCCCAUCUGCAGGCAGCCCAUUCUGGCAGCGCAUCAUGACUGACGUCCCCCCACCCCCGCUCGCCGCUGGCUGAACUGAGCAAACCCAAGUGGGCUUAGCGUGUACAUAUCGCUUUCACUGUUUUUCUUUGAAAUCAUCCAUUGAGUUGUUUGAACCCAAAGCGUGCAAAACAGGAAGGAAACUUUAAAUCCAGAGAAUUAACAAAACUUUAUUUUUUUAGAUGCAAUAUUUUCAGGAAGUCGAGCUCUUCCUGUGACCUUAGUUGCUACUUUUUUCGUCAGGCUUCAGAAGUCUGUCUCUAGAUGGCUUUUAUGCUUUAGAAGCUCCUGUAGUUGCCUCCCAAUUGUCUGGUUCUAAUACUUUUAUGUCCGAUAUGCGUGACUUUUCCUUUUUUCUUUACAGCUGACCAUACAAAUCACUUGUAGGCUUGGUUUAAUCUGUAUGAGCUGUAAAUAAGAAUGCACUGCUUAUCAGGUUCUUGUAGAAAUAUGAAACUUACCCAUUCAAUCUGCUCAAAAUGGAAGAAGGAAGUUUUUUUUUUUUCUUAUUAUAAAGUCUAUACUCCCUUUUUAAAGUUUAAAAUAUGUUGGAGAGGGGAAUUUUUUUUAAAUUAAUUUCUGAAAUAUGUAUUCUGCGCUUCUAUCAGUUUAAAGCCCUAAAGUUACAAUGCAAUACGAAAAAAACCACCAGUCCAUCAAAAUACGUCACUUUGAGUUAGAAAUUCUAACCAUUGCCUUUCCAUUUGUCAUUGUGGUUUCAGGCUUUUGGUAAUCAGGGAUUCAGAAUGGUGAGAGUGAGUUGUGCAAUAUAAAGCGAGGAAAAUGUCUUGUGUGACAUUAACUUUGUUGUCUGUGUUUGUUAUUUCCACUCUAAGACGAACCGAAAUUAAAGUUUUCUGCACAUGCAGAACUAAAGCUAUCGUUAGAGGAAAGACGGCCCAGAGGAAAUAAAACAAUUCUGCAGUAUAUUUGUUCUUGAACAAACUAAAUUCUCCAUAUUAUAUCUGACUUUGUUAGCUAAUGUGUUUUUUUAGCUUUAUUUUUUUUUCAUUACAUGAUAAAAAUAGCAUUUUUUUAAGUAGAAGAAAUGGAUUAAGAGCUAACCCACCCAAUUCAAUUGUUUCUGUCACUUUAUAAUAACAGCUGCAGUACUUGGCAGGUAACUGCGUUUCUGUAGUUUCUGUGUCCCUAAUUAAACUGCAGGGUUGUUGCAGUACAGUAUGUAGGAACGAGUGAAAGAGUGUAUGGUUUAUUUGGCUGUGAGUGUUUGUGUGUU